AUGGGUGUAGCAUCCAGCUUUAGUGAUAGUAGAAACUAAAAUGAAGUCAAGCAGACUUUGUCAAAUGCUGGGUCCUCCAAAGAGAUAUUCGGAGUGAGAAGAAACUCAAAGAUCCCUACAAUACAAAAGGGUGUUGAGCCAAAGUCUCGCUAAUCCUACAUCAAUGUGUCAAAUCAAUAUUAAUUUCAUGAAGGUAGCUAUGAAACUUAUAAAACUUCUUUUUAAAUCGACCAUAUCAACAAGUUAAAUCAAAAGACUAUUGACGCCAACCAUGAGCAUGAAAAUGAUUCUCCUGGUACCAACAACAAAUCUUUGUCUCAGAACACCAAGCAUAACUUCUUAAACAAUCAAAGCAUAAGAAACUCUAAUGGUCCUCAGCAAUAAAAUCACAAAAUAGCUCAUGACAUUCAUAAUUAUAAGACUUACAAUCAUUAUAGACAUUAUGAUGUUCUUUUCGAUAUGGUGAAGCCAGUAAUAGUCGUAAAUUCAGCUGCAAAGCCUAAUGAGCCUCCUUAAAAGUAGCAAAUAUUUGAUUAUGAGAUGCAAAUCUAUUAGAAAAUGCUAGACUACAAAAGACAGCACUAUUUAGUAGGCACGAACACUAAUUUACAGUAGAAUAUUCAAGAUAGGAUGAGAGAUAGCUAAAUAAAGGUGCAAAAUAAUAAUGAGUUUAUGAAAAAGCCUGAAGAUAUUAUCAAAUUAAUAGGGGUAAACAGUUAAGAUGAUUAAUCUUCUUUUGUGAAGAUACCAGAACUUGUAAAGGUAGAGGGCCAGAGGAUACAGCCUAACUAGAAUAUUAAUGUUUAAGAUAAGUCUUACUUUUCAUAAAAUAUCAGCCCUAAGAAUCUCCCUCAAAUAAACAUCACUUAGAAUCUUUAACAGUUUGAAAGGGAGUUGAUUUAAUCCGAAAGACAAUAGCUAAAAUCAGACCCUAAAAAUUAAUCUCAAAAAACUAUUAAGAUUAAGAAUGAUCAAAAUGAAGAUUAGAAUGAGAAUGAGGUCAUUUAUAUGGAAUAUGACGUCAACAGCUAAGAUAGACUAAAGGAACAUAACAUCUACAGGGCUGGCCAAACAUAUUUUGGAGUGGGAAAACACAAAUCAUUCACAAAAGACCUAUAUAAUUUAGAGCCUAACUCCCCUAUAAAUCAAGUAGCAUCAAAUACCUAAAAGAAAUUUGAACUCAGCCCCUAGGAACUAGCUAAAUACAAGUUUAGUAUUCCAGGUCCAUAAAACCAUUUGCUUGCAGAAUUUGAAAAUGAUGGCUCAUAUUAAGUUGCAUCAAAGCGGUCUAUGUAAAUAAGAUAGUAGUCUUUUGGCAUGACAUAAAACUUUGCUGACUUUAAUUUGGCCAAAUAAAAUCUAAAUAUUUUAGGCGAUUAAGGAAUGUCGACAGACAAGAUUCUCCAGGCCUAAUCCUCUAAUUAAAAAAAUUACCACAUGCCUCGAUAAGGAGGUCAUCUUGUUAAGAGAUCAUUACAUAGCAAAGCAUUCGCAGGUAUUCUUGGACCAGGUGGGGCUGGAGGGGCGAACUUUAUGAAUCAAAUAAAAAAGGGGCAACUUCAGCAUCUAUAUCAAAGUAGAGAUCUAAUGGGAUUUCUAGAAAUCCAGAAAAUGACAAUGCCAACUAAAGAUUAGGCAUAGUUCACUAAUGCGAAUUAAAUGCACUAAGUGCAUCAACUUUAGCAGUAAUAUCUGAACGAACAAAACUAGAUCAAUGGCCUACUGGCCUCAAUUCAAAAUACUUAAUAGAAAUACAAAUAAUUCUAAAAUGGCUCGCCCUAGUAAAUCUAACAACAGCAGAUCAAUUUCAUCGGACCUUAGACAUACUAACUAAAAAAGCAUCAAUAUCAGAUUCACCAGAGAUCGAUGCAAAUGUCUUCAAUGGAGGAGCAAGCUGCAGCAGCUAAUCCAACAUAUCUUCCAAUGAAUCCAAAUUUCCUGAAAUUCGUGGUGCUUGCAGGAAAUAACAGCAAACUCAUAAAGGACGCAAUGUUAAGGCGGUCUCAUAAGUGGAUUGAAGCAGUAGCAAGUGAUCCGUACUUCCAUUUUAAAUGGUAACCAGUAUCAUACGGAAUAAAAUUUGAACAGGUGAGCACCUAAAUCUCUGCCAAUAUGCACCCCUGCUCUAAGCAGCUAGUAAAUCACUUCGAAUUCCACAGCCAUCUAACUGAGAAGUCAAAGUUGUUUAAGAAUCUGACUUAAUAUUCUAUAAAACUGAAAGAGAAUGUGUUUGACUAUAUUCCACUGACAUAUUUUGUUGAGAUUGACAUUGGUAACCCAAAGUAUUAUGCCAAGGCAAUUAUGCCCUUUAUGAAUUCUUUCUAUGCCCUUGAGGAUAUAAAAAAGAAGACCAUCAAAUAUUACUUAAAGAUUGAAGAGAUGAGAGGAGAUGACUAGAAUUAAACAACAUAAGAUGCAGGCUCAGAAGAUCCCUAUGAUGAGUAAUUCAUAUUUAAGCACUUCUACAAUAACAAAAGAUUGCUAAUCAAGCAGCAUUUAAAAGAAGAGAAGGAAUCUAAAGAAAAGACAUUGAAAAAGUAUUUCUUCAGAUACACCAUGCCGUUUUGUCACUUUAGUGGCCACAAUCUUUGGCUACUUAAGCCUACAAAACUAAACAGAGGAAGAGGUAUUCAUGUUUACAACAACUUGGGCAUGCUUAAGAGUUUAAUACACAAAUAUUGCGAAGGCUUUUAGAAAAGCUCUAACGCCCCAUAGAAGAAUCCUUAAUAAAAAGCUAUCGAGCCAGCAAGCAAUGAGGGAUUGAGUCCUGGUACCAAAGCAGAAAGCACUCUCAUAAUGUCAAGAAUGAGAUCUUCAGAGCCUGAAGAUGUGGAUAGAUUAAAAGAUCAACUAUAACUAGAUGAGUCUUAAGAAAUGGAUUAAGAGGAGGAUGAAAUUGAAGAGCAGGAUUCCCCUCAAAGUCCACAAACCAAGAAGCAUGAUCUUGAGCCUAAUCCAAAUGUUACAAACAUGGAAAGCUAUUUCUAACUUAAGAAGACAUCAUCUAAUAAAACUGCAAAUCAGUUUAAGCUGAAGCAUAAUUCCUUCAUCCUCUAAAAAUACAUUGAGAGACCUCUGCUUAUUCACUAAAGAAAGUUUGACAUAAGAGUCUGGGUGUUUAUCAAUUACGACUUCUCCUGCUACAUAUUUAAAGAGGGAUACCUUAGAACAUCAAGCAGUGAAUUUAGCAUUGACCCCAAUAACCCAGAUGAUUAAUAUGUUCACCUUACCAAUAAUGCAAUUCAAAAAUACUCUGAGAACUAUGGUAACUUUGAGGAUGGCAACUAGAUGUCAUAUGAUUAGUUUCAAGAGUAUCUUGACAUGAGUAACUAUAAACUUGAUGUAAAGAAUGAUUUGGUACAUAGGAUGAAGCAACUCAUUGUAAGAUCGAUAUUCGCUACAAAAAGUAUUCUUGACCCUCAAAAGAGAAAAUCUUGCUUUGAGCUAUUUGGCUAUGAUUUUAUCAUUGAUGAAGAUCUGAAUUUGUGGCUCAUAGAAGUUAAUACAAAUCCUUGUAUCGAGGAAUCUUCAUCUAUACUUAAAAUCUAUCUCCCUAGAAUGAUUGAUGAUAUGCUUAAACUCUCUGUUGAUCAGUUUUAUUAAGACUUUAAUCCUAAAUAGAAUCUCAUUAACAGUGGCAAUCAAAAUGAAAUUGGCACUAUUGACGAAAGUCUAGAAGAGUAAAAGUAUUUCUUUCCAGUGCCCGGGUAUGAGGACGAGGAGAAUAUGUGGGAAUUAAUGUGUAACAUAAAAGAUAAAAAGAGCAGACAAGAAGCUAAAGCAUAAUUUUUCCAGCCAAUAUAAAUAAACUCCAAAUACGCAUUCUAGAUCAGGGAUCGCCAGUUUAAGGUUAAAAAAUACACUCAGCAAGAAGUAAACAAAAACAACAGUGAGGACUAGAAAUUAAGCGAAUUAGAUAACUCCUAAUGA